AUGGUGAAGUUUCGUGUCUUGUGUUGUUUCAUCAGUUGCACCAAGAUAAAGCCAUCGUCUCCUCCGCCACAAGUGGUCGAAACAGGAACUGCAAACCCUCCUCCACAAGUGGCCAAAAUCGACAAGAAAAAGCCUCCCUCGUCUUUGCCACAAUGGGAGAAAACGUACAUGCAAAAGCCACGACGAGUAGUGAGAAAGGAGGAAAGGGUUCAACUUCUUAUGACAUUGUGA